AUGUCACAGCAUCCACAUCCACAUCCCAACCCCUCAUCCUCCGCCUCCGAUCCAACGACCCCGCUCGACCCUCCCUCCGCCCGCUCCGUCUGGAUCGCCGACAACUGGAUCUAUCUUGUCGCCAGCACUGCUGUGGCUCAAGGCCUUCAUUACCGACACAUCGCUCGAAGCCGCAAACCGAACCCGAACUCGCUGAAGAAUGCCCGCUUUUGGGCCCUAGCAAGCGGCGGAUGGAUGCUCUCGUACCUCGGCAUCAGCACCCUCGUCGCCGUCGCCCAGGCCCGCGUUAACCACUACCGCGACCCCGAUAACCGCCCCCAGUAUCGCAAUCCUUGA